CGGAGCGGCCAUUGCUGAUAUGGCGAAGCGCAGAUCCUCAAGGAUGUAUACACGUCCAUUGUGAUGUUGCCGUCGUCCUGUAGCGACUUCUGUUAACUUGUGCGUGUGUGUUCACUGCGUCGUGUGCUAUUUACAACGGCUGCCAGUAUUCACGAACGAAGACACGCUAUGGGCGGCGGACAAUCGUCUCAGAAGCAGUUCCACCAGUUCAAGAAACUGAGGAAGGAGCAAGCGCUGAGAGAAAUGGAAAUCUACCGAGAACAUUACCCGGACGACGUUGACGAUCUUGGCCUGAACGAGAACUAUCGGUUUUACCUGAACGAACUGGCAUCCCGACCAAAUGGCAUUCUCAUCGAAGACAUGCUGUCGCAGUGGUGGGGCAAAUACGACAUCCUUGAAACGAACCACGACUACAUGCCCUGGUUGUUUCCCACCAGAGGGAAAUCCACCAAUCCGGCCUGCCAGCGACUGCAGCUUCACGAGGCUCAGGGCAUGAAGCAGGACCCGGUGGUCCAGGCCAGGCUGAUGCGGUCUUACAAGAUGAUGCUCGACUUCUUCGGUCUGGAGCUUCUGGAUGAGGCCAAGGGCGUCGUGGACAAGGCGCCCCAUUGGGAGAUCAGGUUCCUCAACCUCAACAGGAGCUUGCACAACUCGAUGCGCAUCACUCGCAUCCUCAAGUCCCUGGGUGAAGUCGGUCUGGAACACCUCAAGUACCCGCUGGUCGAGUUCCUUCUCAAGCAGGUGCUCAAAGAGAAGACGCUGUCCAGACUUGAGGAUAGCCUGCUCACGUACUGGGUGCACACGAUACGGAGCGACAACGACCGCCGCUUCCUGUUGUGCGUCGCCGAGGCCGUGAUGGACAAGUUCGUGCCGGACGCUGGACAGCUCAUUGAGGACCGACGCUCCAAGGAAGACGAGGACAAAGAUCGGACUCUGCUGAGAAGUGCCCUGUUGCCGGCGACGCGGUGCACUUAGGCCUCGUCGCGCGUGUAACCUGCUGGGAGAAUCCUUGCGGGAACUGAUCGACUGACUAUAUAUCACUGCCAGUAGGGGAACGCAGGGACGUCUAUCAGCUGUCCCGCCUCCAGCUAGAUAGCGUUUGCACUGACGUCACAUCGCGUACUUUUGGCCACCAUGAAAGGGAGAGACAGGGAAGCGGCUUUAGUAUCAAUUAUGAGUAACAAGUUAAUCUUCUAUCAUCUUCUGGGAGGGGAAUACCCUACUGAAAAAAGAAUUAUAUGAAUUUAUUUCUGAUAUGUUUAUUGGACACAUUUCACAUAUCAGUUUCACAUGUCACAUAAAAGUUUGAGCUAGGCUAGUGACGCUAGGUACCACCCGAUCCAUAUGCUACAAAAAUACUUUUAUUUGCUCACGCCAUCAUUACAUUUCAGGCACCUAUUAUACACAUUACGCAUACCACUAGCAUCAGCUGAACAUAUACAUUUAGCGCCAUACACAUACACGCCACAAGAAACAUGAGUGCAACAGGACACCUGAUAACUACUUCUGAGUUCUGCGUUUCCGCCUUUUGUGCUGGUCGUUUUGAAGUUAUGGUUUUUUUCGGUGACCACCUGAGCAAUACAUAAUAUUUCCAGCAGGCUGAUUUGUUUUCAGCAAUGUCAUACCUCUGAGAGCAUUUUGAGCGGCUCAUGGGAUGAGUCUCUUAGUAAAAAUUUAACGCUGAUUGCAUAAUUAGUUGAAAGCCAAUAAAACAAGCCGCUCCACUGCGGUUCCAAGUCA